AGCGCGGGCGGCGCCGUCACAAAAGGAAGUGGCGGCGGCGGGGCCGUCAGCGCGGGGAGGGGCGGGGGCGGCACCGGCACCACCGGCACCGGGACCACCGGGAGCGGCACCGGGAGAGAGGAGGCGGCCGCGGCGGGGGCCGCGCCGCGCCAUGGCCCAGCAGCAGAUGAGCAGCUCGCAGAAGGCGCUGAUGCUGGAGCUGAAGUCGCUGCAGGAGGAGCCGGUCGAGGGCUUCCGCAUCACCCUGGUCGACGAGUCCGACCUCUACAACUGGGAGGUGGCGAUCUUCGGGCCCCCCAAUACGCUCUACGAGGGCGGGUACUUCAAGGCUCACAUUAAAUUUCCUAUUGACUAUCCAUAUUCACCACCUACCUUCAGAUUCCUGACCAAAAUGUGGCACCCCAACAUUUAUGAGAAUGGAGAUGUAUGUAUUUCAAUUCUUCACCCACCUGUAGAUGACCCACAAAGUGGAGAGCUGCCAUCAGAGAGGUGGAACCCUACCCAAAACGUCAGGACUAUCUUACUGAGUGUAAUCUCUUUGCUUAAUGAGCCCAACACAUUCUCCCCAGCCAAUGUGGAUGCAUCAGUCAUGUUCAGGAAAUGGAGGGACAGUAAAGGAAAAGACAAGGAGUACGCCGAAAUCAUAAGGAAACAGGUUUUGGCUACCAAAGCUGAGGCAGAGAAGGAUGGCGUGAAGGUCCCCACUACACUGGCAGAGUACUGCAUCAAAACUAAAGUGCCUUCCAAUGACAACAGUUCAGAUUUGCUUUAUGACGACUUGUACGAUGACGACAUUGAUGAUGAAGACGAGGAGGAAGAGGAUGCCGACUGUUACGAUGAUGAUGAUUCUGGCAACGAGGAGUCGUGACCUGCUCCCUCUAUGCCCCUGUACUGCCCUGCCGACUCAGGCCAGAAGGGAGCAGCGGUAACCUAGCAGCAGUCCAGCAAAAAAGUGGGGGUGGGGGGGUGUCAAAAAAAAAAAGAAAAACAAAAAAAAACCCAACACAAAACUUUGUCUCCUGCUGUCUCCUGUUGUAUGGAUCUGUUCGCUCCUUUUUUAUGGACCUCUUAGAGACCCUCCACAGAAUGUCUGAAUUCUUGCAUUUUUAACCCUUUCAUCACUGUAUUACAAUUUCUUUUUAAAAAAGAAACUCCCCUUUUCACUUCUCUAUGAAAUGCUCACAGCAAAACAGGUUUGCUCGUGUUUAGAUUCUUGAAUGAAAUACAGUCUUGCAUUAAGAUGUUUAAUGUAUUUAAAGCUGGAAGAAACCCAUUGGAAGUCGGGUUUUUGGGAGCUCAAAGUGCUGCAUUUACUGGGAAGAAAAAAAAAAUCCCCACAAAGCAAAUUGCCAAGGUUUAGCUGCUCCAUUUACAAUAAUAGCGUGUGUACAUUCGUUUAGCCUUGUGGUGGUGGCUUUUCCUUUAUAAGGUGUGGGGCGGAGAGUGUGAAGCUACUGUGUGUUGAGCUUGAUGGGAUGUCACUGAAAGGUACAGUAUUCCUUUUCAGCCUGCUAAGUUAGGAAAUAGCUGGCCCCUGGAGCCCCAGAGGGCAUAAUCAGCUUUGUCUCUGGAAAAGGCUUGUGAUAUGAACCCUAAAAUAAAUACUUAACACUUCACAUCUUUACAACUGAGCCCUGGGUUGCUAUUUUUUUUUUCUUCAGGCUAGAAUAGGGUUGGCAAAGUUCAGUCGAGCUGUUCUGCUGAGAUCUACUGCCAGCUGCCCCUUUCUGGAGGGAGAAGAGCAGAUGUGCAUCCUGCUGCCCAGUGGUCUGCCAUUUGUGCUGGAUUAUUUUUGGCAGUUGGACAGACCAGCAGCCUCCUGCCCUGUGCUGGCUGGCAGCCCUUGCUCCCUGCAGCCCCAUCCCUGUGCAUCUGGAGCUGCCUUCUGUCACUUGUGUAGGUCACCUAUGGGCCGGUGUGGCUCUGCUGCAGCCCUGCCUGGAGCUCACUUUGGUGCCCGGGGGUGUCCGGGCUGUGUGUGCUGCGGGCAGGGGUGGGCAGUGCUGGGCUCUCGCUGCCCGGCUCCUUGGGGCACAGUGCUGUGUGCAGCCCCACAGCAGAGCAGGUUUUCACAGGCUCUUCGGCAGGGUGCUUCAGCUGGUGCCCCGAGCUCAGCCUCCCGCGUAUUUUUGGGAGCCCUUGUUAGAGCUUAGAGUGCUCCGUAGCGGGGAGGGGGAUCCUGCAUGUUCCUGUCUCAGAACCCUCUUCCUCCCUCCCGACCCUCCCCUCUUUGCAGCGUGCUCGUGUUUGGCUUGGGGCCAUGCCCCGAGUUCCCUUUGGCAUGAUCCCUGGAUCACAGCUGGGCCUGGCAGCCCCGGGAGCAGAUCGGAGAUGCUGGUUCUGCUCGGGCGAGACCCUCGGUCCCCACAGGUACAGAGGCAUCACCAGAGCCUGCGCCUUCCCUCCGUGUAUCCCGGAGUAUUCCAUGGUACGACACCAGCUGGGGGUCCCUCGGGGAUGCUUCGGUGGGAACAGGCAACACUGAGCAAAAGCUCCGAGUGCGCUGCACGGACGGAGAGGAGAGGAGAGGAAAGGAAAGGAGAGGAGAGGAAAUGAGAGGAAGGCCCUCGGGGCUCGGCGUGAAGUGAGCGAGGCAGAUCAGUUUCCAAAAUGUUUCCUGGCUGGGGUUUGCAGGGACAGCCCUGCUCAGCGGUGCAUCCCUCGGCCGCCUGCCCUUCUGCUUGCAUGUUACCUCGGAAGGCAGCUGCACUGUCCCAAGGUGUCAGCUUUUUUCCAGCAAGGACUGACUCAGCCCCGGCUGCAGUGGGGCUCCCCUGCAUCUGAUGACAGUGUGGGGGCACCCCCAGCUUCACACCAGCCCUGCGAGGACAGCGCCAGGGUUGACAAAUGGGCCCCGAUGCUCCGGCUGCAGGACUGCACUCGGGGCCAUGCCAGGGCAGGGACACCAAUCUGCAGCUUUCAGGCGGCUGUCGGGGGUGGGGGAGCAGAGUGUGGCAACACUGGCUUUGCUGAUGACUUGGUUGGAAAUGAGGAUACUGCAUCUUUCAGCAUUUCCCUUGUACUUUUGACCGUCUUCACUGUAUACUCUCCAGUGACUUGUAUUUCCAAGCUUGGUGUUGUAAGAUGCAUUAUUAUGACUCUUCUGUUACCCUUUUUUAAUGACAAAAAAGCAACCUCUUUUGAGAGCUCCGACAUUAACCAGACUAAUUUCUCUCCCCCACUGUCCUGUGCAGUGUCAUUGCUUGUUGACUUGCUGGUUUCCUUUUUUUGACAUACAACUGAAGUAUGAGGGGAUUUUUUUUGAAACUAUUUAAGAGAUUGCAGAAAAAUGUUUACCUGCUCUGUGUAUUCUGGGUUUUUCUUAACCCCCUUUUCUCUUGUUUCAGUCAAUAUUAGCGUUUACAUUUGCAACUACAUGUCCCUUCAAAUGCAGUUUUCAACCAUUCUGAAACCAGCAGGGUACAGUAGAUUUCUUAGUAGUUUUCUUAGCUGAACUCCCAGAUCUUUUCCUUUUUUUCUUCAGUAUAAUUUACCAGAAAGAAUUAACUGAUGCAUUUUUGUGUUGUCUUCUCCUUCAGUAGUUAUAUUUUGUCUUUUCUGCACAUCUGUCUACUAAUAAAAAUGUGAAAUGAAAAUAU